ACUGCAGAUCGCUAUAGGCUGCUCAGGAGAAGUAAGAACGUUAGCGCUAGCAGGUAUGGUUUUUACAGCCUGUCUAAACGGACGUGGAUAUAUUAAAUCGGCUUUUACUUAAAAAAAAUUUAAACAAAAUUAUAACAAAGCCGGCUGCUUCUGCUGCAGAGACCCUAACAGUAGGAUCGCCGACCCAGCAGGCUAUCUUCAUCUCGGUAGCAACACAGGUACAGGUGUGGACUGACUGACCUGAACCCUAACUCUGGAUACUGGACCCCCAAUGACGCUGUGAGGGAAUUGAGGUGCUUCGAGAGGGCUUGAGGUCAUGUCACAGCAAAACAGGGAUGGGGUGUUGAACCCUGCGUAUCACCACUCCGAGACCCUGGAGAUGGACAGAGGCUCACCUCAGAGGUCACAACACCAGAACCCCUAUGCAGGUGACGACUUCAGGCCACAGCGGGACGGGGUACCGGCAGGGAGGGGCGGCCCGGAGGUGUUGCCCCCCUACGAUAUGGAGCGGGGCCCCUGGAUAACUACAGAUACCAUCCCAAUGAGACCCCUACCGUCUGAACAGGAUUUUGGUGGACCGUACCGCUCCCCAUUUCCCCAGGACCGCAGCGGGUUUGCUAACCCAGGGUUUGAGUGGGAACCAGCCAAUGAGAACAGUUUGGCACCCCCAGGCUGGCAGCGAAACUCCCUUGAGGGCCAUCAAGAAUACAGACAAGGAGGUGAACAACAGCCCUUCACUGGACCCCAUUCCCAGUCCCUUGGACUACCUUCCCAAGGAGAGAGCUUGGUGCGGCAGCGAGGAGUACGGAGGUACAGCCAGUUCCCUGCUGGAACGCUGAGCAGCUCCGCACUUCAAAGGCUGGGAUUUAAAGGGGAUGAGUUUCAGGAUGUGUUGGAGGAAGAGAGACAGGAUCUGAUCAGAGAGCUGGCUGCCAUGUCCUCCAGGGAUUGUGUCCAAGCUGUUCGCCAACUACCCAUGAACCUCCAGGAGAAGGACCAGAUCAGGAAGGCAGUGCUGCUUAUGAAGACGUCUAAGAAACAGCGGCAGGAAUGGAACUGCUGUAUGGACUGGACACAAAAUGUUUCAAUGUCUUUUAGGAGAUGCGGUGCCAGCCUCUCUGCCGUGCUCCAGGCUCUUCAGCUCUGGCAGGGCACCCUGAAGGAGAUCGGGAGCAAGUUUGGCACCAGUGUCCUCUCCUACUUCCUCUUUCUAAAAUGGCUGCUCAUGUUCAACAUCUUCUCCUUCCUGGUUAACUUCGGCUUCAUCACUGUGCCACAGCUGCUUGACCACGAGGCCAAGAACACCGGGACCUUCCGGGGGCUGGAGAUACUGACUGGAGCUGGUUAUUUCAGCGACUCUGUACUGUAUUACGGUUUCUACUCUAACGGCACAGUGUCUGGGGGCAGUGCUAGCGGUAACUCCACGUCCAGUAUGCCUCAAUACAACAUGCAGCUGGCAUACUUCUUCACCAUCGUAGCCUACCUGGUUCUGUGCUGCAUCAGCCUUGUCUACAGCGCUGCACGCUCGUUUCGGAAGAACUUCAUGCUGGCUGGGGCUGAGGUCAGCAAUGCUGGGAGGCUGCUGAGCAGCUGGGAUUUCAGCGUGAGCAAUGAAAAAGCUGUGCGUCUGAGGCAGGACAACCUGCGCACACAGCUCAAGGAGUCACUGGCUGAGAAAAUCAAUGAGAAUCUUUCGCUCACGUUCUCCCAGAAACUCGCUCGCUUUGGGAUCCACGUGGCCGCUUGGCUUGCUUCCACAGGGAUGGCUGCAGGCUGCUGUGCCGGCGUCUACUUCCUGUCUCGCUACAACAUGAAUUUGAUCAAUAAGUCCCCUGCAUCCCAGAGCCUGACAGCCGAGGCAGGGACUCUGCUCCUUCCCAUUGUGGUGUCCCUCAUUAACCUGGUCAUCCCACUCCUCUACUCCCUGUUCAAGAAGGUGGAGCCCUUCACCUUCCCCUGGCACCAGAUCUACGCUCUCAUCAUUAGGAACGUUCUUCUGAAGAUGUCCAUCUUGGCUAUGCUCUGCUACUUCUGGCUGGAACAAGUUGUGGAAAACGAUAACAUAAAUUGCUGGGAGACGUUCGUGGGGCAGGAUAUCUACAGGCUCAUCAUCAUCGACUUCAUUUUCUGUCUCCUGGGCUCCUUCUUCGGGGAGUUCCUGCACAAUGUGAUCGGGACAAAGUGCCUGAGUAGUCUAGGAGUUCCAGAGUUUGACAUUGCACGGAACGUUCUAGACUUGAUCUACGCACAGACUCUAGCCUGGAUUGGGAUUUUCUUCUCUCCGCUGCUGCCUGCCAUUCAGAUUGUAAAACUCUUCCUGAUCUUUUACCUUAAAAAGGUGAGCUUGAUGCAGAACUGCCACCCUCCUAAGAGAUCGUGGCGGGCGGCUCAGAUGAUGACCGCCUUCAUCCUCCUCCUCUUCUUCCCGUCCUUCUCUGGGGCGCUGUCCGUGGUGGCAUUAACUGUCUGGAGGAGAGCCCCCUCUAAGACCUGUGGCCCGUUCCGAGGGCUGGCUGUCCCCUACGAUGCUGUGUCUCAGUGGAUGGAUUCAGUGGAUAUCGACUUCCAUGGGUCCAGUUGGGCUGUGUGGAUCUACAAUAACCUGAUCAAGAGCGUUCUGUUCUUCCUCAUCAUCACACUCCUCGUCUUAAUUCUGAUCUACCUCUACUCACAGAUCGUAGCGGGACACAAAGUCCUCAUCAUCCUUCUUCAGGAGCAGAUCUCUAACGAGGGGAAGGAUAAGAUUUUCCUGUUGGAGAAGAUAGAGAAGCUGAAGGCUCAGAGCAGCGCUCGAACCGCACUAGCCUCUGACAGAGAAGCACAGAGAGGAGGGGCAGAGGUGAGUCGCCACACCGGUUCGAGAGGUUUCCAAAGGAGCCAGAGAAGGAGUCAGGAUCAGAGUUCAAGAGGCUUAGAGAGAGGGAGGGUGUUAACUGUUGACCAGGAUUCAAGAAGCUCUGGAAGGGGCAGGAUGCCGGAAUAUGAGCCGCGCUCCAGAGGACGGGAUACAGCAUUGCCUGGAUAUGUACAGGAGGGCCUGCUGGGCUCGGAGAGAGGAUAUCCAGGAAGAGCCAAUUAUCUGCAGGAAGCUCCGUACUCCCAGGAAGACGGCACAGCACCCCCUGUCCCCAGCGCACUGGUGCAGGCUCUUCUAGCCCGGAGGCAGGCUGAGGAAGAGGAUGAAGAGGGAUAUUAAAGAGAGUGGAUUAAUUCAGCACUUUAGAAAAGCUGCACAGUUCUCUUCUCUUGCGUGGAGCAACCUGGUUGUAUUCAGUACGUCUUAGCACCAGUGUCUGGCUGACCUAGCAUAGCAGUUGAUAACGUUCAUUAUCAGAAACUCCCAUUUCUGUACUUGAAUGCUUUAAACCUGAUUGUCUUCCGCUUAUAGAGAUUUCGUUUUUUGAAUUGCAAACAGAAUGUCGAUUUUGAAUUUAUUUCUUUGAAACAUAUUUAAA